AAGCACGAAAAAUAAGAGGUUCAUAUAGCAGCAUCACUUGUAUUUUUAUUUUUGAGUAAAUAAAUUAUGUAGCUACGAUCAAAAUAAACGAUAUUUUAAUGAAAGUCCUGAUUUAAUCGGUACACCUGAUCAUCAUCACAAAAUGGGUCUUGCACAUAUUAUAUUGUAGAUAUAUGUGAGCGGUUAGAGAGAGGCCUCGUAUGCUGAAUACUUGAGAAUUCUGUUCUUUGGUGAAAACAUGGUACUAAACAUUAUUGAUCUGUUGAAGAAAGAGAUCCCUCUAGAGGAGGAGUCACUGAUCAUACCUGAAAAUACCAAGACUGGACUGGUUCUUGUGGACAUCAUCAAUGGCUUCUGUACUGUGGGAGCUGGAAAUCUGGCACCAAGAGAACCCAACAGCCAGAUAUCACAGAUGAUAGAGGAAUCAGAAAGGCUUGCCAGAGUGUUCUGUGAGCAGAAAUGGCCAGUUCUUGCAUUUCUCGACUCUCAUCAGCCUGACAAACUUGAGCAUCCUUAUCCUUCUCACUGUAUUGCUGGAACUGAAGAAUCCAACUUAGUUCCUGCUCUGCGGUGGUUGGAGGAGGAGCCGAAUGUAACGAUAAGGCGCAAGGAUUGCUACGACGGAUACAUUGGUUCCAUUCAGGAGGAUGGCUCCAAUGCUUUUGCAGACUGGGUGAAGACCAACAACAUCGAACUGUUAUUGGUUGCAGGGAUAUGCACAGACAUUUGUGUGCUGGACUUCAUUUGUUCGACUCUAUCAGCAAGAAACCGCGGCUUCUUGGCUCCGUUGAAGGAUGUGGUGGUUUACUCAGGUGGCUGUGCCACUUUUGAUUUUCCAGUUUCAGUCGCGAAAGAAACCAAAGCUGGUUUAGCUCACCCCCAGGAAAUGAUGCAUCAUGUGGGUCUGUACAUGGCUAAAGGAAGGGGAGCUAAGAUUGCAAGUGAAGUGUCGUUUGGUGAACUGGAGAAGCCAUGAUCUAGUAUGUACUUAUAGUACGAGUGAUGUACUGGAGGAUUCCGGUCUAAAUGAUAUCAGUAAUGUACCAUAAUAUGUAUUGCCAGAUAAUGUGCAAACACGAAGACAUCAUGUAACUCUUAUUAAGUUUUUCUACUAAACGAAACUUUAAAUUAGUAAA